GGACGAGAGACUAGUUUCGCCACGUGUGCAAUGUCUUGUGUAACUAAUCAUCCUGCACCACGAGGCGCAUACUGGUACAGCGAUCGUCAGAUAAGGUCAGCAUCCGACAUAUAUUGCGAGGGUGUUACAGGCUCCAUCAGACUGCAGCUCUUCUCUCCAGCCAUCAUGGGUGUGGUCAGGGUGGUGGUAGCUGUGCUUCUGCUGGGUGUCCUGCUACACUCCGAAGGCCAGGUGACUUCCUCUCGUGAUGGUAGACACAGGACCCGAACAUCUUCACUCUCUCAGUCUGUGACGUCAUUCGGAGCCUCGCUUUACCGCCAGCUGACAUCCGGGAACUUGGACAACCUCAUCUUCUCUCCUUUCAGUGUCUUCGUGGCUCUCACCAUGACUUUGUUAGGUGCUGACGGCAUCACAAAGCGAGAACUAAUGACAGUUCUGUCCGUGGGGCCGCAGCAAGGUGUUCAUCAGACACUGCACAAUGCCAUUGCCUCCUUUCAGACUGGUCUUGACCCUGUGACCAACCUGACCUUACGUGUUGCCAACGCCGUGUACUACAACCAGUCCCGGAUCACGGUGUUACCUGGAUUCUCACAGAACAUCCAGAGGCUCUACGGGGAAGCACUUAAGCCUUUCGAGGAACAGGACCCCGAGGCAGCCAUUAACUCCUGGGUGGAGGAAGUGACGGAUGGAAUGAUCCAGAACCUCCUUCCACCUGGUCACAUCGCAGAGUCCGACACCAUUCUCAUGCUUCUCAAUGCAGUCUUCUUCGAGGGACUUUGGGCAAGCCAGUUCAGUGGAGACCACACGAGUGACUCCAACUUUACCACGACGACGGGAACUGUUGUGCAAGUUCCUAUGAUGUAUCAGCCUAACGCUCCUAUCGGACUGAAGAACAUCGAGGAAUUGAACGCACAGGUGGUUGAACUGUCGUACACGGGGUACCGAUUCAGCCUCUUUUUGGUCAUACCCAACACCUGGGAUGGUUUGAUGAACCUGGAGAGACGCCUGAAUGGUCAGAUGCUCAACAACAUCGUGAACGACAUGCCGGGCACAGUUCAAGCAGAUCUUUCUCUGCCAAAAUUUCGUCUAAGGACUCGCUGGACACUCAAUGAACAUCUCCAGGCCAUUGGCUUGCGGUCUGCCUUCUCCAAUACAGCGAACUUCCGCCGACUGUCGAGCAGCCCCAUUACAAUCAGCAAAGUUUUUCAAGAAGCCGUCAUAGAGGUGACUGAGACUGGAAGCAGGGCGGCAGCUGUAACCUCCGUCAUGUCUGAGUCCUACUCUCUCGUGUUACACAGGGUCGUAGUGAACAAGCCGUUUGUGUUCAUUCUUCGUGAUAAGAUUUCAGGGCUCAACAUUUUCAUGGGCAGAGUAUCCGACCCUUCCCAACAAAGUCCGUAGUACGUGAUUAGGAUCCACGCUUAUUUCCCCUUUCACAACAUUAUACUUCUAACUGUUAUUGGAUCUGUAAGUAUAUCGCAAUAUUUUCAAUCCGGUUGUAUCAGUGCUCUAUACAGUCGUAAACGUUAAUAAAAGAAA